UGUCGAGAUACGAAGGAAGAUUAUUGAUGAUGUUGUAUUGUCGAUCCACUGCAUUCUGCUAUUCUGGAGUGUUUUAUCGUGUUAAAGAGCGCAAACAUUAUACGGAUGACCUCGGCGAUGAGUUUCUCGAUGGCGGUCGCACAUUCACUAUCGAAGAUAAGCUCACUGCGCCUGAAUUCGGUGCUUAUUUUGUCAAGGAGAUGGCAUCAGGAGCGGAUUUUUCGCUUGCCUACUUCCAGGAGCACGGGUUCGAGGAGCCCUUACUCUUCAAAGACAAAACCAACCUCGGAAUGCGACUUCCAUCAGAGAAGUUCAACGUGAACGAUGUCCGUAUGUGCGUGGGUUCUCGUCGCCGCCUUGACGUAAUGGACGUCAUCACGCAAAAGAAUAUCGAGAUGACAAUGAAGGAAUGGUGCAAAUACAUGAACACGCCGGCACCGAAACGGGAUCGUCUGCUAAACGUCAUAUCGCUUGAGUUCUCACAUACGAAGCUCGAGAACUAUGUUGAAUCCCCGACGGUAGUUAGACAGGUGGACUGGAUUGAUGUAGCAUGGCCAAGACACUUAAAGGAAUCACAAACCGAAGCCACGAAUUCGCUGGACGAUAUGAAAUAUCCCAAAGUGCAGAAAUAUUGCCUCAUGUCCGUGGCGGGUUGCUAUACAGAUUUUCACAUCGAUUUUGGUGGAACAUCCGUGUGGUAUCACAUACUUUGGGGCAAGAAAAUAUUCUGGCUAAUACCGCCUACGGAAACGAACCUCAAACUUUACGAGAGUUGGGUCCUCUCUGGUAAACAGGGCGACAUCUUUUUUGGCCAGUCAGUGGAAAAAUGUGCCCGGAUUGAGCUGAAUGCUGGUGAAACCUUCUUUAUACCAACCGGUUGGAUACACGCCGUGUACACGCCUGUCGAUACCCUCGUGUUCGGCGGGAAUUUUUUGCACUCGUUCGGUAUUGAGAAGCAACUGCGCAUCUCUCAGAUCGAAGACACAACCCGGGUUCCCCACAAAUUCCGCUACCCCUUUUACACUGAAAUGCUCUGGUACGUCCUCCAACGAUACGUCAUGUGCCUGACAGGACGAAAUCAUUUAUCCUGUGAUGAGGAAGGCAAACCCGUUUCAAUUAAUUGCCUCCUAGCGCCCAAACCACGCCCAGAGAUGGAGUCGGUCCGACUCACCCGCCGCGAACUGGUCGGCCUGUCACUAAUCGUUGACCAUGUUCAACGAUUGCCACUGGCAAAACGAGGUUGCCCUGAUCUGCUGCGCGAUCCGAACGCACUACUGCAGGAUGCUAGCCAUGUGAUCGCUCUCCAUUUGUCCGAUGACGCCCGCUUAGCGAUCACGGGUCAACCCGUCCUGACGUGGCCAGAAGGGGCUGUUAAAAGGCGUCCACUUAUCCUGCAAACGAGUGGAGGCCCGAAAAGGCCACAGGCUGCCCCGCGAACUCCUAAAGGCCAGCAAAGACAGGCUGAUAAGGACCAGGAUAAGGCGCGUCGAAGGAGAACCAGAUGCCGCAAGUGCGACGCGUGCCUUCGCACCGAUUGUGGGGACUGCCACUUCUGCAAGGAUAUGCGAAAAUUUGGCGGGCCCGGUCGCAUGAAGCAGUCGUGUCUGGCUCGCCAAUGUAUGGCGCCGGUGCUGCCACAUACGGCGCAGUGCACUCUUUGCAAAACGGAGCGGCCAAACCAGUUAGCUCCCCCCGGGGUUCCUCCACCAGAUGACGGCGAAGUUCCGCCCGGCCAGCUGAUGGAAUGCGUCCAGUGUUGGGAGAUCGUACAUCCAGACUGUCUUAUUAAUGCACACCCGGAGUUCACUCUUAGUGACGGACUGCUCAACGAGGAUCUACCGAAUAGUUGGGACUGCCCGAAAUGCUGCCGCGAAGGAAAACCCGAACAAGCUAAGACACGCCACACGAAAGGGGGUGGCGGAAAAGGAAACCCCCGCGUGACACCAUUUGUUCGCUACGACGAAUCGCCGCCAGAGAAGAAGCUGAAACUUGAAGAUGGCCCCGCUACCCAACCGGCUAGCGGUCAGCGACAGAGUGUGCUUGAAAACCUCAGCAACAAAAUUCAUCCGAUCACGCCCAAAUGUGUCGUUCGACCCGUUUCUUAUCUGGAGACUCCUCUAUCUACUGCAAGCGCUCCAGGUACCGUUACCCGCGAAGGUCUCGUGUACAAUCCUCAGGUAAUCCUACCAAUUAUGCAAUUGCUCAGCGUCCGUGAUCUUCACGUUUGUGCUCAGGUCUGUAAGCGGUGGAACGAGUUAUCUCUCCAUCCGUCGCUAUGGAAACAUAUGGACCUCGCCAAGAACCGUCUUACAAGCAAAUCCCUUGUAGCUAUUGUACGCCGCCAGCCAGCGCUGCUAAACGUCUCGUGGACUUCUCUAAGCCGCGACCAAAUGGAUUGGCUUUUACCACGCAUACCUGCCACAAAGGGGCUUUACGUGCGUGGUCUGGCUAUAGCUUCUCUAAAGGCAUUAAAUGCUGAGCAGGGUCCUCAAUUGAGGUUUCUCGAUCUGUCCUGGGUGGAUGGAUUGGAUGACGAACGCUUGAAGGAAUUGCUCCUCCCUGAGCCGCCUGGUGGAGACAAACAUGCAUCUGCGUUGGCCGACUCCAACAAUAAAAGAGGAAUUGACAAGCGAGACCGGUGUUGGCCUCGACUACGGGCUCUGUCCGAGCUCAAACUUUGUGGUAACCCCAUCACAGACUCGGGCGUUCGCAGUGUGUGUCAAUAUCUUGUCAAUCUUCAACAACUGGAUUUAUCUAAUUGUAAUCGUGUCACCGACUUGUCGCUGAUGAUGCUUGCAUCGAAGCUGCACAGCAAGCUCAUGCGGCUCGUCGUGUCGCACUGUCCCCAAGUGACCGACGCUGGACUAGAAGCUCUUAAGAUGUGUACGAAGCUCGAAUGUAUUGACGCCCGAGGAUGCUCCAAGGUCACUGAGGAUGGUAUCAAACGUCUCCUGGUCUGCAUGCCAAGUCUCAAUUCAAUUCGUGAAGGAAAGCUCGUCACCGCUAAAUAGACUACAGCAUG